AAUCCGUCGUCUGCUGGCGCGGUGCUGAUAUUUCCUUGCAUAUUUAUCGGUGAAUAGAAGAAGUAAUUCUGCAGACUGAAUUGUGGAAUUAUGCUGUCAGCGACAAUAGCAGAAAAUGAAAAAGUAUUGGUAAAACUUGUGAAUGAAGUAUCCAGCAAUCAUGAUAAUCUUGUCAGAGAAUGGCAUGAGCUGAAGAGAUGUUUGGAUGCUGACAUAAGGGUGAAAGCGACUGAAAGCAGAAGGAGAAAUGAAGGCUACAUUCUGGUGAAAAGGACAGAUUUACAGAGACUCUGCUCUGAAAUUAUUCAGCUGAAACAAAUCCUUCCAAAAGUUGUGGAUAGAAAUUAUCUGUCUGCACAGGGUAGAGUUGUAGAGCUUGAGGAAAAACUUCAGAGCUUACACAAACUUCAGGCAGAGGUGGAGAAGUUAGACUGUGGUAUAUUAUCUUUAAAAGCUGAAAAUGAAGAGUUGAAAAUGAGAUUUGAAACUUCUGUUCAACAGAACCAGGCAGAGAAACAGGAGAACAGAAGUCUACGUCAGGAGGUCAGCCUCUUGUGUGAACAGCUAUCUCAGCAGUCUGAGUAUUGCACAGGCCUGGGCACGGCUUGCUGCACACUGCUGUGGAGGGUCUCCAGAAAUGAGCAGUGCGUACAGACCAUGCUCACAGGGGGCACUAUUGAAGCAUUUCUGUCCCUUGUGCCGAGUACCCUGGAGAGUUAUUUGUCAGCGUAUAAAAAUGACUGGCCAAAAGAAGACAGCCCAGAGUCAAAGUUUGUGAUGGCUUUGUGUGGAACUGUUACCAACAUAGCAGCAUCUGCAUUUGGGCGUGAGUUUCUAAUGAACAGCCCUAGAGGGGUACAACUAGUGGAAACUUGUCUGAAGACAGUGGCUGAGGCACCAAGGGUGAAGGCUGAGAAACUGAAAUGUUUGCUGAUAAUGGCCUUGUAUAACCUGACAAUAAAUCAGAAAGGUUUAGAACAUUUGUCCUCCAAGCCUGGCAUGGUGCAGCUGUUCACAUGGUUGUUGAAAGAUGAGCAGAAUGGAGAGAUCAGACUGCACUCUUUGCAUCUUAUCCAGUCACUCAUUUGUGACGAGAAAAACACGAAGCCUCUGAAUGAAUUCAUAGAAAUGCAACCUGCAGGCUUGUUACAGAAACUCACAGAUGACAGAGACAAAUCUGUAAGCCAGGCAGCCAUGGAGCUCCUCACAGACUUGGAAUACUUUUGUAGUGAGCCAUAAUUCUGGCUUGUUACUGGAAACCAUGGGACUGUCAUUAAAUGUGUACAUCAGCAUGAGAGUCAUGUGGGAACAUGCUCUGUUUGUUUCAUUGUCCAUCACAAUAGACUGUGCAACAGGUAUUGUACUGUUGAGAUAAAAGAAGCACAUGCACACCCGGCUCAGAUGUAUUUCAAGGGAAACCUGCAUGCACAUGUAUGCCAGACACUUUGUAUGAACGACUGCCAUGCUCACUGUACUCUUUGAAAGCACAGACCAAAAAAAGGAACUUCAUGUACACUGUAUGUUGUUUUCAGUUAAAAAUAGUUCUCAUAAUGAAAAAAGAACUUUAUAUGGGGCCACAAAGUAUGAACAUUUUUGGAAAAUAAUGGUUUCAAUGUGAUUUCAGCCAUGUUGCAUGCAGGAAAAUAGAGACGCUCUAGUUGAGGGUCAAUAUAAGUCUUUAGUAAGUAUAGUAUAUUUAAUUUCGAUGAGUUGAUGUU